AAUAGCGGUUUUGAAAAAAUACGAAUACGAAUGAAAAAUAUCCAUCUUUGUGCGAUUCGUUUUUAACUUUUUACAAAUUAAUUUUAUUGUAGAAAUAAUUUUUUUCAUAAAAAUAUCAGAGUAUUCGAUGCGGAUAUCGAGUCCUGUAUUCUGAGUAUUCGUUCGAUUCAGUUGUCGAGUAUUCCGGAGAAUUGCAAUGUUUCGCAAUCAGUACGACAGUGACGUUACGGUAUGGAGUCCGCAAGGGCGACUUUUCCAAGUCGAGUACGCCAUGGAAGCAGUUAAACUCGGCUCGGCUACGGUUGGCUUGAAAAAUGAAACGCACGCUGUGCUGGUGGCGUUGAAGCGAGCUGCCUCCGAAUUAUCGGCGUAUCAAAAGAAGCUCUUUCCAAUCGACGACCAUAUAGGCAUAUCCAUCUCCGGGCUGACUGCCGAUGCGCGAAUGUUGAGCCGAUAUAUGAGAAACGAGUGUUUAAAUUUCAAAUUUUCUCACAACUCUUCGAUGCCGAUCAAUCGAUUAUUGUUGAAAUUGGGUAAUAAAAUGCAAGUGUGCACUCAGCGGUACGACAAACGACCUUACGGAGUGGGCUUGUUGAUCGCCGGAUACGACGACAAAGGACCUCAUAUUUAUCAAACCUGUCCUUCCGCCAACUAUUACGAUUGUCGCGCUAUGGCCAUCGGUUCUAGAUCGCAAAGCGCUCGAACGUAUUUAGAAAAACAUUUGGACGUUUUUCCUUCUUGUUCCAUCGAGGAACUAAUCGCUCACGGUUUACGCGCUUUGAGAGAUACUUUACCUAACGAAGUCGAACUUACAACCAAAAAUGUAUCCAUCGGAAUCGUCGGUAAAGAUACGCCGUAUAAAGACUCGGCCGAAGACGAUAUCGCCCGUUAUUUGAGUAUGAUCGAAGGAGAAGAACGAAGAGGCGCACCGGCGUCCAGUUCGAAGCAAGUACCCUCCGAUGACGGUUCAGAAAGCCCACCGCCCGAUCCCGUACCAACUGUGGCAAUGGAAACCGAAUAAGAUUCCGCGUUAUGUCGUCGAAAAAAAAUCCAAUUUGAAAAUAUGUAAUAUAACAGACCGUUAAAAUCAUAAAAUCGUUUCGCUGUUUCAAGUUUUUUUGUUUUCGUUUUUUUUUUACGGUUAUUUUCUUAUAUAUCUACUAUUUUACCUAAUCAUUAAUUAUUUUUUAUCCUCGUCGAUAACGUAGGUAAUGGUUUGAUUUGUAAUCGAGAACAAACGUGGUCGUGAGAGCGUGAACGAGGGUAUUGGUGAGAAUGAAAAAAUAAAAUAUUCUACGUUGAUCGAGCGCUUACAAAAUUAAGAAAAGUUUCUGUUAUUUUAAAGGUAAUUCGGUAUUCGCAUGUAUUACAAAAAAUAAAUUAUUUUUCAUCGA